ACAAUCAGAUGGAACCAAAAAUGAUACAUGCAUUUCAGAAUUUCUUCUUCUGGGAUUUUCAGAACAACACAAAUUACAGCCAGUCCUCUUUGGGCUGUUCCUGUCCAUGUACCUGAUCACUGUGCUCGGGAACUUGCUCAUCAUCCUGGCCACAAUCUCAGACUCCCAUCUGCACACCCCCAUGUACUUCUUCCUCUCCAAUCUGUCCUUUUCUGACAUCUGUUUUGUCUCUACCACUGUCCCAAAGAUGCUGGUGAACAUCCAGACACAGAGCAAAGUCAUACCCUAUGCAGGCUGCAUCAUCCAGAUGCACUUUUUCUUAUUCUUUGUAGGAUUAGAAAACUUCCUCCUGACCAUUAUGGCCUAUGACCGGUUCGUGGCCAUCUGUCAACCCCUGCACUACACAGUUAUCAUGAACUCUAGGCUCUGUGCACUGCUGGUUUUGGCAUCCUGGAUCAUAAGUGCCCUGAAUGCCUUGUUACAAAGCUUAAUGGUGUCGCAGCUGACCUUCUGUACAGAGUUGGAAAUCCCCCACAUUUUUUGUGAACUUAAUCAAAUAAUCCGUCUUGCCUAUUCUGAUACCUUUCUUAAUGACAUGGUGAUGUAUUUGGCAGUUAUGCUUCUGGGUGGGGGAUGCCUUACUGGGAUCCUUUACUCUUACUCUAAGAUAGUUUCCUCCAUACGUGCAAUCUCAUCUGCUCAGGGGAAGUAUAAAGCAUUUUCCACCUGCGCAUCUCACCUCUCAGUUGUCUCCUUGUUUUAUGGUACAUGCCUAGGGGUGUACCUCAGUUCUGCUGCCACCCACAACUCACACUCCAGUACAGCAGCCUCAGUGAUGUACACAGUGGUCACCCCCAUGCUGAACCCCUUCAUCUACAGUCUGAGGAAUAAAGACAUAAAGAAGGCUCUGAAAAGAUUCUUUGAGGGAAGCAAUAAAUGUUCAUUUUUCAAAGAAGUGCCUGUGAUUUAA